AUGAUUCACAUCAAGAAAUUCACUGGUUCGAUUGUGGCUGUGUUGCUGAUUGAAGUGAUCUAUGCACAAAAUUCAGCGUACAUGGAAGCCCUACAGCCAUCAAUCGACCCGUACAAGCCUCUCUUCAUAGCUUCCAAUUCACAGCCGACUGAGAUGAAGCAAAACAUAAUCAUUCGAAUUGAUGGACAAGGUGGUGGAGGACGACCACAAACUGGGCCUAAAUCAAACCCUGGUCCUGGUCCAAACCUUGCUCCGGGACUUGGAAGAUCUCCAUCUAGUGAUGCCGCCUUGCCUGAAGCCGCUCAAAUGAGACUUCCGAUAGUUCUUGCUCGUCGGGAAGUCACUCCAUCAAAAUAUUCCUCAAAACAUAUCUAUUCAAUGCCUGUUCAAAGACCAAGUGGAUUGGAUCAGUCCGGGAUUUUGGGAGUCGACUCGAAGCUAUGUAUCUCAAAAAUUGCAAACCCGUCCUCUGGAUGUGACCUCAGACAGUUGACGGUCAGCAGCGAUGGUACACGUUUGAUGACUGGUAAUGGGAAAGUUGGUUGGGUGGCGACAACCGAUGGCGCUUGUGGAGCUGGGGUCAAAGUUAGGGAGUACUACAGCGCUGAGCGUGAUGACUAUUUGUACUACUGCAAUGGCGAUGGAUGCCAAGUAUAUCCAGAUGCCGCGAAUUAUCGCUCAACCGGCAGAACCUUUUACACGUGGCGUUGUCAGUUCGACAAACUGCUAUUGGUCGUGACGAGACAACGAGACAAACAAACUUCUUCGAUGACUGAAAUGUAUCGUCUGCCACCUUAUUUUCCGGAGGAUGCUCGCAAAAGUGUGAAACCAAACCAGAUAAUUUACGCGCUUCCGAGCUACCACAGUCAGAAUGGAAGCACGACAAACGCUGAUAGCGAGUUUCACCCAUUUGAUCCUGUCAAGCAUAUUGAGAAAGAUCAGCUUGCUCUCAUUGAAAAGCUACGAAAGUUUGGAAGUACUCUUGAUGAAUACAUCAACGAUUUCUCCAAGUCAAAAACGACACCAUCUCAAUCCAAGGAAGGGGAUCAAAAUAAAAAGAUUAACAAAGAUGCCAAAAAAGAAGCACGGAAGGAAAACAAAGCCAAAGCUGUCGAAGCUUCAAAGGAUGGACCAAUUGUGAAUGAAAAGAAGACGCCAAAGGCGUCCUCUUCUGGAUUGUCCGAUAAUUGGAUCGUAAAAGAAGAGAAAGAUAGUACUGAGACAGGACAAUCGCUCACUGUGAACAUGCCCCAAAGCCUAGCAACCUUUCCUACAAAUGAAACUGGCCCCGUUUCUUUGUCGGUGACAACCGAUGAUCAUAAAUGGGUUGAAGUCAUGGCUAAGAUCGGCGAAGAACGAGGAGUGCUUUUUGUCGGAGCGGUUAGGAAUAAUGCCAAAAAUCCCAAAACAACCGUUUCUGUUUCAGGACAAAAUGCGGUCACUUUGAGCAGCAGCAAUGGACAUGGAAAAGUCACUGGGAGAGUCUCUGUUUGGAAGGCAUUGGGAGCAAUUUUGGGGCUAUCUUCCUUUUCGUCAACGGCUGCUCUUCAUUCCGCGCACUCUCACCAAUGGCUUUACAAAGCAGACGCAGUUCUUUCAAACUCGUACUUUAAGGAUACUUUGAUGCGCGAAAGCUCACAAUUUUUAUCCUCACGCGAUUCGCUUGGAGGCCACAACUCUAUUUGUAUCGCUGACGUUGUGGUCUAUUCACUUGUCGCAUCAAUCGCAAACCCACCAAGCAACGUCCAAGUAUGGGCAAAACGUAUAAAAACUGUCGUCGGG